CUUCCAUCUCGCACGAAAAUUUGCGAAAGGUUGCUAUCGAACUGAAAAAGUUCCAAAGUGAACUGAAAUAGCUACGACUGCAUUUCGUUGGCAGGAUGGCCUUCUCAGUGCUGAAUUCCGUGGUUAAACGGGCUGCUUCGAAUGUUUAUAUAACCAAUUGUUUGCUGAAAAACAGUGGAGCUUUAUAUAAUUCCCAGCAGGUUCGUAAUGCCGGCAAGUGGUAUCCGGAUGAGGAAUUCUUCCAGCAGUUUAAUUCGGCCGUGAUGUACCCGGAUGAGGUUACGUCCAAGUGGAAGCUUCCUCCAUGGAACAGCAAGAUCGCUCCGGUGGAAAAGACCGUCCGUAAUGUGAAGCUGAACUUUGGUCCUCAGCAUCCAGCGGCUCACGGUGUGCUACGUUUGGUUUUGGAGUUGGACGGUGAAACCGUAAUGCGGGCUGACCCGCACAUCGGUCUUUUGCAUCGCGGCACCGAGAAGUUGAUUGAGUACAAGACGUACACGCAAGCUUUGCCCUAUUUUGAUCGGCUCGAUUAUGUUUCGAUGAUGUGCAACGAGCAGUGCUAUUCACUGGCCGUGGAGAAGCUUCUGAACAUUGACGUUCCGCUGCGCGCCAAGUACAUUCGCGUGCUUUUUGCUGAAAUCACUAGAAUUCUAAACCAUAUUAUGGCUGUAGGAACGCACGGGCUAGACGUGGGUGCAAUGACUCCGUUUUUCUGGUUAUUCGAGGAACGUGAAAAACUGAUGGAGUUUUAUGAGCGUGUUUCCGGCGCCCGCAUGCACGCUGCUUACAUCCGACCGGGUGGCGUAGCGUUGGAUAUGCCACUUGGCCUGUUGGAUGAUAUUUACGAGUUUUCUGCCAAGUUUGCGGAGCGUUUAGAUGAGGUAGAAGAUGUACUCACAACCAACCGUAUUUGGGUACAACGUACCGAGGAUAUUGGGGUUGUCUCGGCUGAAGAUGCCCUGAACUAUGGCUUCAGCGGAGUAAUGCUUAGAGGAUCUGGAAUCAAAUGGGAUCUUCGCAAGGCUCAACCAUACGAUGCCUAUCAUCUGGUGGAAUUCGACGUUCCAAUUGGAACUAAGGGCGAUUGCUACGACCGUUAUCUUUGCCGUGUGGAGGAGAUGCGUCAAUCACUGCGUAUUAUCGACCAAUGCCUAAAUCAAAUGCCAGCUGGUGACAUUCGAACGGAUGAUGCUAAACUGUGCCCGCCGACCCGUGCGGAGAUGAAGAACUCCAUGGAGGCAUUGAUCCAUCAUUUCAAACUGUUUACCCAAGGUUAUCAGGUACCCCCUGGCUCUACGUACACCGCUAUCGAGGCCCCCAAAGGAGAAUUUGGGGUAUACUUGGUUUCGGAUGGAUCCAGCAAACCAUACCGCUGUAAAAUCAAGGCUCCCGGUUUCGCUCACCUGGCUGCGCUUGAUAAAGUCGGCAGACACCACAUGCUUGCCGAUAUCGUUGCCAUUAUUGGAACUUUGGAUGUCGUGUUCGGCGAAAUCGAUCGUUAAUAACGUUAAUUACGAAGCAAACAAACAGU